GACGAAAUGUCAACAACGGUCAGCGCCAGCGGUUGCUGGUUACUGGUAAUGGUUUAUGGUUAGCCGGUCAAUAACCUCCUAACCUAAGUCAGAACUCAGAACGAAUCUCGGUAUUCCGAAAUUUGGAACAAGAAAACCUGUACUUAUUAUUUACAAAUUGCAAUCCUAUGACCAAUUACUGCCCAUGUUAUUAACAAGUAAUGCUUAGAUACUAAAUAAACUAUUAUUAUAAUAUUUUUGUUUAUUAUGGCUUUAGCUGUACUAUUAAGUGUUUUUAAAAUAUGCUGUAAUGAGUGAAACCGACGAUACUGACCUUCUUGUUCAAAUACCACCAAAAUUCUUCCUCGAACAAAGUUCUGACUCAGAAAACUCUUUGCUGGAGUCAUCGCGUACAGUCGUACACAAACCGGUUUCAUGCACGGCUCAUGUUUUAGGAAGACUAGUCAAUCAAGUGCAUUCUCUUCAGUCUAGGUUGGAAAACUUGGAGCUAGAUUCUACCACUACCUUAAGUAUCAAUUCACUAAGAAGAAAGACGUGGGACUCUGAUAGUUUCGAAAAACAUAGUAUAGAUAGAAAAUGUUUUACUUUUCCGCGACGUCGACGACGUAAGGUUAUUAAAAGCGACAAAGCAAGAAAAAAUUCACUGACGAGUCUUGACACUAUUGAUACUGGAAAAGACACAAACUUAAAAUUUGAAUACAAAAGGUUCCAACAACCAAAUGAUACUCAAAGUAUGGAUGGUGAUAUAAGCAGUAUAGUAUCCACUCCAAGUAAGAAGAAUGACAAGUUGUUAUUAAACGAGAUUGACGAAUUUCUCACCAAAGUUGAGUCCUAUGAAACACCAGAAACUAGAAUAAAGCCUGAGAAAACAAUUCCUGAAAAUGUGAUAGGAGCUACUAGUGACUAUAUGACUAACAAAUAUGAUCUUAAAAAUAACAUAGAUUUGUCAUUGAACAGUGAGAGAACAGUUCCUCCUAAUAUUUUACAUAAGUAUAUAUAUUUAGUUAAAGGUAAUACCAAUGAUUUAUCUACUGCAAAAGGUAAAUCACAAGAUGCAGCAAAUCACUUGGAAAAGCAUGAACGGUCACCCACCAUUCGUAAACUAAAUUUCUCAGACAAGGAUAUCCAACCAACAUCUACUCCAAAACGUUCACAGUCCAUAAGUUACUCUGAAUUCAAACCAUCAACUACCAAAAUAUAUGAUAGAGCAUCGAAAGUCUUAGAGCAUUAUAAGUCUCAAAAUUACAGCAAGGAAUAUCAGACAUCCACAGAAGAUGGUGGUGUAAAGAAAGAAGAUUUUAAAAUGCCACAAUUAAGGCCUUUUGACUAUGAAAAUAGGGAACGAUUGAAGAUUCAGUUAGAUUCUAUUGAUACAGAUUUAUUAAGCUUAAGUGAACUAUGGGGAGAGAAAAUUGAAAAGGGGGAUAGAUCAGACAACAUCAAGUUAGAAGAAGAACGGUUGAAGCGAGAGCACUGUGAAGCCAUGAUUCAACAAUUGCAAAGAAAAAUGUUAGAGCAACAAGAAAAAUUGGCUGUUGCUAUCAAAGUCGAUAAAGCCAAGGAUGCUGCAAUAUCAAAGUUACGUGAAUCCUGGUUAAAACUCACAUGUAGCCUAGAUAAAGCAGAAGAGAGACAUCGAAGUGCUCUCGAGAAAAUGAUGCGGGAAGUAGAUAACUUUAAGUUGGUAGCUGAAGAUGCUCAGAAGAAAACAAAUCAUUUUGAAUCAGAACUGUACAAAGCUUUGAAUUUGGCCCAUGACUAUCAAGAGAAAUGCAAACAACUGUCAGCUGAAAAGAAAGAAAUGCAAGAAUGCUUAGAGAAAGGACUUGCAAGUAAGGAUGAGGUGGUGAAGAACAAAGACAGAGAGAUUGAUGUGUUUAAGGAGAAUUAUGAAAUGGUAAUGAGGCUGAAUAAACAGUCUACUGACUGUGUGAAGAAUCUUGAAGAGGCGGUAGAAAAGGAAAAACAUGAACAUGAAUUAACAAGGAGUAGACUUAAUGAAUUGAACCAGAAACUCCAAGCUUUAGAAGAGACUAAAAAUUUAAUUGAGCAAGAAAGAGAUGUUGUAAAAGAAAAAGUUAAUGAGGAGAGAUCAAGAUGCAACAUCUUGGAACGACAGCUAUGUGAUAGUCAAAAUCAGCUUAGUGAAUUGUUGAGGAAAUGUGAUACCCUCGACAACGAGACAAAAUCCCUCCGCAAACAUUUAGAACUGCAAAAGACAGAGCUAAAGAAUCAUUACCAGCAGCAGCUGGAAGAAGCCGUUUUAGGCAAAUUGCAGGAGUUCCAACGACAGCUGGAAAUGGCUGAAAGGGAUAUGGAUAGCGCUGCGAGGAGUAAGGAACAUGGAAUUGUCGAUAGCUUUAAUAAACAAAUCGCUCGGAUAGAAGAUCAACAUCGUUUAGAAAUAAACGUGCUUGAAGAGAAGCAGCGGGAGGAAAUCAAGCUUUGUCGGCUGCAGCUUGCGCAGGCGCAUGAGAAGAUCGGCUUGCUUGAGAGCAAGCUGGACAAUUACCGACGUAAACGCGGCGAAUUGGCGUCGCAAUUGCACGGCGUGAUGGAAGCGCAAUGGAGACAGGCCUUGAGGAUAUUGACAUUGCCCACUCAUAGGGGAGAGUUGGACAGGACUGAUGCGAUGUGUACCCCACACCCGCAUGAGUAUGUCCCACCCAAGAUACCCCCGUUAACAAUGCCAAGUGAGAAAUUACUAAGAGAUGACAGACCGCAGGGUCUUUCACACUCGCGGGACCUCAAUUUCGAAGAUCUUAGCGAUACUGAACUACAACAUUACGUCAAAAUGCUUCUCACAAAACCACCAAAUUUCGACGUGAGUGAACAAUCUAGAGAUAGACAAUUCAAUGAACCGCCAACCAGUGAUCGCGCUAACCGAUCGGAUUUAAUGGAAAAGAUUGACCGACUUGACAAAAAAGAUAGAAAACACUCUAACAAACCACCUUGGAAGGCGUAAAUAAGUUUAUCUACAGUCGAAAUAUGUCACCUUCAAUAAUUUUUGUGUAUAAUAAAAUUUGUUAAUUUACCUUUCUUUGAAAACAUGAAAUUCUGUAAUCUAUCUGCGCUUAAUGAAACUGUCUUUUUAAGCGAUUUUUUCCAGGCAACCAUUAAAAGUAACAGAACGCUAUUUUUAUAUAAACCACUAUUCCAAAUCCUAUCUUAAGAAACGAUCUAAUAAAAUCUAACUAGAGAAAUAAACUACACGUUUAAUUGAUAACCUGGUUAAAAAGUUACUCGUUUUAUGUAGUCCUAUAAAUAAAUUUGUAUCGUUUAACCUCACGACUCCGCCCAUUUCUAAUAUUAUUAAUAUUUUGUCACGUUUAAUAUUAUAUCAAAUGUUAUAUUUUUAUGUGUAAGUUAAUGCAUUCUUUGUAUACCUGAUGUUUAUAAUAUUAAAGUUUUGAUAAAUA